CCUAAACAAACCCGACUACUAAUUAUUAGUCUAGAACUACUACUGCAGUACACUACUGCUGCGGCUACGAUAAAACCUGUCUCCACGGAAAGACAUUAUGAUGAAAUAAAUCAAGUCGACCCAUGGACGAGAUCUGGACGAAUAUUGGGGUCCCCAAAAUUUAUGAAUCACCGUUUGACUGCAUACCUAGGCAGUAUUACGGAGUGUGCACCUGUGUGCAGUGUGCCGUGUGUCACUGCCCACUGCCGGGUCUCCCGCAGCGGACCAGCGCAGCUGUCAAAGAGGCCACCACCCGCAUCUGCUGAUGAGAUCACCCCGCAUCGGGAGCCCUCCAGACCAAAAUCGGGGUCUUAGAUUGGAUAGUUUGACAAAAGUCUGGUUAUCAUCGCAAGCCUCGAGAAUGUAACGGGAAGAAACAGGGCGGCCUCAAAUACCGGUUUUUAGGAAUACGGUGGAUGUGGGACAGUGGGCCGGAUUUGCC